GGGGAAAGACAACAAACAUAUACUAUAACUGGACCCACAUACUAUCGAAUGAAACACAAUUUAUCUAAAAAUAUCAGAUCCACCUUUAACAACCAUUUUUUCCCAAAAUAAAAAUAAAAAAUAAAAAUCAUUUUUCUAUCCCCCUCUCCCACCCCACUAAUAAAGAUCGGUUUUUAAACGAAUCUCAGAAGCCUCACAACUGUCACCAACGCUGAGAUUCGAUAUGUAUAUACGUAUAUACAUACGUAUAUAUGUAUCGAUGCCCUGAUUUGUUCGUUCGAAAUGGCUUAGCUAGAUCUGAUUGAACACAUUAUAAGCAACUCACUCAUUCCCAUUUCAGAGCUCAAUUUGCUUAUAUAUAUAUAUAUGUAUGUAUGUAAAGUUCUGAUCUUCAUUUGACUUCUCUAUCCAAUCAGGGUUCGAAAUUUGAGGUGUUUCUGAUUUGUUUGGUUGAAAAAUGGUGUUUUGGGAAGGCUAUGUGAGCGAUGAAUCGAUGGGCACAUUUGCCCCAAUUGUAGUGUACUGGUUGUACGCUGGGUUUUAUCAGCUGUUACCGCCUCUAGACAAGUACCGUCUGCACACCAGAAAGGAAGAGGAAGAGAAGAACACGGUGCCACUGUGGUCGGUUAUUAAGGGCGUGUUGCUUCAACAGCUUGUCCAGGCCACUGUUGCCCAGGCAUUGUUCUUGUUUACCUCAAAGCUAAGUUCAUCAGGAAUCGCAGUUCAGCCAUCCCUUCCUGUCCUAAUUGCGCAGAUUGUCGUUGCAAUGCUCGUCAUGGACACAUGGCAGUACUUUGUGCACCGCUACAUGCACCAGAACAAAUUUUUGUAUCGUCACAUCCACUCACAGCAUCAUAGGUUAGUCGUCCCUUAUGCAAUUGGAGCCCUCUACAAUCAUCCGCUUGAGGGUCUCCUGCUAGACACUUUUGGUGGGGCCAUCUCUUUCCUUGUCUCAGGAAUGACUGCACGGACGGCUGUGAUUUUCUUCUGCUUCGCUGUGAUAAAAACAGUUGAUGAUCACUGUGGACUCUGGUUGCCUGGGAACAUCUUCCAUCUAUUUUUCCAAAACAAUACUGCUUAUCACGAUAUUCAUCAUCAACUCCAAGGGACAAAGUUCAACUAUUCACAACCUUUCUUUCCUAUCUGGGAUAAGCUUCUUGGAACCCACAUGCCUUACAUUCUCGUGAAGCGACCUGAAGGAGGUUUUGAGGCAAGACUAGUGAAAGACUAGUUGCAUUUGACCAUUUCUAUGUGUAACAUUUCUAGUCGUCAUUGUAUGAUUACUUUUCAGUUGAGGUUUUGCCACUCUUAGAGAAGCUGUGAUAGAAUUCUAUUUUGGGGCUUCCGUUUCCUACCUGGAGUUGAGUUUGCUGCGGAGAUUCAAAUUGUUCAUUUUCUUUCGAUUUGCAUUUAAUUAUUGUUUUUCCGUUUACUUUGUUACAUUAAUUUUAUCAACCGACCCAGUGGGUUGUAAGUUUGUUACCCAUGAGUUAUGCAUUGUGCAGUAUACAUUUUAUGUAUGUGUUCUGGCAAGAUGACAUUAGUGUAUUUGAAUAUUUUGAUUUAUGUUGCU